CAGAGAACGAGGUUUACACUUGGCCCGAGGGCAAGCCGAGUGCUCUGCAACAUCCAACAUGGCUUCCCCUUUCGCUAAUUUCGAGGAGUUUUACGCUCCCAGUGCCACAGAUGUUUUAGCCUUUGUAUUUAUUUUAUUGUGGUUAGUGUUAGUAUUAUUCCAGUUGAUAUCUAUAGCAACAGGAAAAAUAUACCUCCACAAAUGCCCUCUCAUUGCCAAUAAUAAAGAACUUCCAGGGGUUUCAAUCUUGAAGCCCUUGGUCGGAGAUGAUCCGAAUCUUAUAAAAAAUCUUCAAACUUUUUUCGAACUCAAAUACCCAAAGUUUGAAAUUCUCUUCUGUGUACAAGAUGAGCUAGAUCCGGCUGUCAAAAUUGUACGCCAGUUGAUGGAAGCAUUUCCUUUAGUGAAUUCACGACUAUUUACGACUGCCAAGACAAUUGGUGUCAAUCCAAAGAUAAAUAAUAUGAAUCAAGGUUAUAAGGCAGCCAAGUAUGACCUGUUAUGGAUCUGCGAUAGUAAUAUUAAAGUCCAUCAGGGUACUCUUCAGGAGUUAGUGUCUCAUAUGGGGCCAGGUGUAGGAAUGGUUCAUCAGAUACCAUUUGUUGUUAACUGCAUGGAUUUUGCUGCUUGUGUAGAUAAGGUCUACUUUGGAACCCAACAUGCAUUUGUAUAUUUGCUAGCUUAUAGCCUGGGUCAGCUGUGUGCAAAUGGCAUGUCAAGUCUCUACAGCAAACCUCUUCUGGAUGAGAUAGGAGGUCUAGAAGUGUUUUCUUGCUAUAUAGCAGAAGAUUAUUUCAUAUCAAAAGCAAUAUUUAAAAGGGGAAUGAAAGUUGUUCUGAGCUCUGACCCAGCCAUGCAGAAUCCAAGUAGUUACUCUCUUUUUCGAUAUCAGCAAAGAAUGGUCAGAUGGACCAGGUUGCGUCUUACAAUGCAACCAUUUCCAGCUAUAUUUGAACCCCUAACAGAAAGUGCUGUGAUUGGUUUACUGACCUGCUGGGCAGUACAUCAUCUUUGGGAAUUCAGUGCAAUACUUUUCUUCAUUGAACACCUUGUUUUGUGGUUCAUGUUGGAUUAUAUUUUACUCAGAUGUCUUCAAGGGCCCAACAAUGCCUUACCACCGUUAUGGAAAAUCUUUCUGGCAUGGCUGUUUAGGGAGUUUUCAUGGAUAGCAUUUUUUCUUCAAGCAGCGUGUGGCCGUGAGAUUGAAUGGCGAACAUCACACUUUGUGUUGAGGCUAGGUGGUAAGGCUGAGCGACUCCAAGAAAAAUGCCAAGACCUAAACAACCACUGCUGUUGAACUGAAAUGAACACUGAACUGCUAUUUAUUAUAAUUCUAAAGUCUACUACACACAGUAGUGUGGUCUCAAUCGAACUCGUUAAGGGUAGUAAGAGCAAUUUCAUGGUUCCCUUGUGGAACUUAGCGUUAAGAAAUUUGUGGGAACUUAUAUUUGGGGAUUCCUAGAAGAUUUAUCUGCUACUUGCAGUAAUGUCAGUGCUAUCAGAUGAUUGUACUGCUGUACUUGAUGCCAGAGUUGUAGACAAACCGCAAGGUGCGCUUACAUUAUAUCAGUUUUGUGUGGAAAGAUGAGGUUAAAGUGCCAAAUAGUGAACUUGUUUUCUAAGCAAUUUCAAGGUAAAAGGAGACUUAACACCUCUGGUAUCAAGAAAAAGUUCUUUAUUAAAUGUAAUGAAAUCUAUGAGUGUUAAGGAUGAAAUCUUAUUUUGUAAAACGUGGAAAACAAUUAUUUAUUUUACAUCAUAGAGUUUUGCAGGAUAGGUUUUACGCCUAAUGCAGUCAUUUGUGACAAGGAAUUGUAAGUUAUUGUAAUUUAUGUCAAGCAUGUUGACAUGAUGGUUUUCAUGUUAUAAUGCUGUUAAUGCUUAUUAAACAGCAACAACUUAGAACCAGAUUCUUAAUGUACUGCUGAUUCAUUUUCUAUUCAGGGAUGUUUUAUGCAUACAGUAUUAUAGCGAAUAGUACAUGUGAACGUGAGUUGCUUUGUGAGUUUCUUUGACGCGUUUGUGAAAAGAAAAAUGCGUUACGUGUUGCGAUAUGCAGAAAAUAUUAGUUUCAAACUGUCAAAUAUUGUCUUUCACGGCACAGAGUCUCAAAUAUGUUAAUUUAGUUAUUCUUAUGACGGUCUGGCUUUUCUCAGUUUCUCUCGUUAAGCUGGGGCAUUUGUUUGCAUUCAAAUAGGAAAACCAUCAUGGCGGCUGUAGUGAGUACAGCCAAUUCACAAGGUAAUUCUCCAUACACACAUACGUAUCGUGAUCUUAGUUUGCUUCAUUCGAUUCUUUAAAGUGGUUUUGCUUAUGAAACUUGAAAUGUCGUUUUCAGACAGAAGAGGAAAGAAAAAAGGCGGGAAAAUGCGUUCGUGGUAGAACACUACUUGAUACUUGAUUGGUUAAGCGGGAGGAUCAACUCUGAUUGGUCCAUUCACAGGAUACUAGUUGCGUCUUUGUUUUACUGUACGAUUCUCUUUUUUCCAUUUCGGUGAAUUUUAAGACGCUCAUUUUUUUUAUUUUUGUUUAACGAAAGGGCAAUUUAUAUACUUUUUCUUUAAACUGCUUUUUUAAGGUUUUUUUUCCCCGAAUCCACACGUUAGUAUCCGCUAUUAUUGGUUUGGAUUUUAUUAUAAGGCUAACUGUGCAGGUAUUUUUUUUUUUCUGGUUGAAAUUGUACUAAAUCGGAUGUGCUUUCUGAUUAUGCCAGUUCUUUAUUUAUCUCACAUUUAAGUUAAUGCACCUUAUGUAAAAUUCGAGGAAACUGAACGUAAAUUCUAUUUAGUGACUAAGUAAGUUUUCAAACGUUCCUUACCUAUUAGCAGUACUUAUCAAUAGUUUAAGGCUUAUUCAAGCCGUUUAUUUGAUAAGAAAGCAUGGUCUGCUAUGCUUAAGAUUUUGACAAUAAUUUACAAUUGAAUUUACUCAGUCGGAAGAAAAUUAACGCUUCUUUCGGAGACAUCGUGUUCUGUUGUGUUUGGUUUGUAAGUUUACUUGUUGUUGAGUAAAGAAAGUAAAACUGAAAGUGACAAAUAA